AUUUUCGUGUUAUCAUCGCGUGACAGCAGUCAGCUGACAGUUUUUCUAAGUCUGUGGUUAAAAUAUUUGCUGCGUGAAAAGUUUCCAUAAACGUCGAAAACAAUGGCUUUACAUUCGGCAAUAAAGGGCAAAUUAAUAUCAGUCAUAGGCGAUGAGGACACUUGCGUCGGUUUUCUUCUGGGUGGAGUUGGUGAAAUAAACAAAAAUCGUCACCCGAAUUUUAUGGUAGUUGACAAGAAUACUGCUGUCAGCGAAAUUGAAGAUUGCUUUAAGCGUUUUUUAAAACGUGAUGAUAUCGACAUUAUCUUGAUAAAUCAAACAUAUGCUGAGCUCAUUCGUCAUGUUAUUGAUGCACACACUUCACCAGUACCAGCAGUUCUUGAAAUCCCAUCAAAGGAUCAUCCGUACGAUGCCAGUAAGGAUUCCAUCUUAAGACGUGCACGUGGUAUGUUUAAUCCCGAAGAUUUGGUACGCUAAAGAUGUCAGAUUAUUACUGAGCUCUUUGUCAAUGUUAUACAAUACAUUUAACUAAAGUAUUUUUCAAAAACUGUUAACAAAUUAGUAUUUCAGUUCAUGUUGUUUUUUUCUUAAUUAAAAAUAAAAUAAAAACAAAGGCAAAAUAA